AAAAAGUGGUCCCCACAGACUGUAACAACAGCAAAGAGGAGGGAGGAGAAGAUCCACAGCCGCAGGUCCAUCGCCAUCACGGCUCUCACAGAGUUUAAGGAGAGAAAGAGGGCAGGCCAGGUUAUAAAGUUUGAACCUUGCAGAAGUGCCACUUGGAGAAGGAAACUAGGAUUUUCUUUACCUUUUUAUGCUCUACUGUUUGUACUUAAAAGCGUUAUUUCUUUUGCUUCCUCGUAGUUAAAUACUAAUUACUUACUAAUUGAGUGCUAAGCACGGUGAGAGAGAGGGAGAGAGAAAGAAAGAGAGAAAGAGGAAGAAGAUAAAAAGCUGGGAAAAAGUUGAGAGGCGGAGGAGAAAGCCACUGAAGAAUGAAACUCUGCACCACCAGCAGAGUCGGAGCACAACUUCAUCAUCACCAGCUUUGGCUUUCACUUACUGCUUCUGCUUGUAACGGUCAAAUUCAGUCAAGAUGGGAAACUGUGGGACGAGGGAGGAAUCAGCUGUGGUAACGAAUGCUCAAGUUCAGCAGCUGAGCACUCUGUCUUCGUCAGUGAAGAACGGCGAGAAGAAGCAGAAUCACAGCCGUUCGAUUUCAGAUCUGAGCGAUCCUUCAACCCCACGCAACUUCGAGGACGCGCGGAAGAAUGCGGUGCUGUACACGCACGUCAUCGCCUUCACCCUCUUCGAGCUCGAGACCAUCACCAAGAGCUUCCGCUCCGACUACAUUUUGGGGGAAGGUGGGUUCGGGACUGUGUACAAAGGCUACAUUGACGAGAAUGUGAGGGUUGGGCUCAAGUCUCUGCCCGUCGCCGUCAAGGUCCUCAACAAGGAGGGCCUUCAGGGCCACCGCGAAUGGCUGACGGAGGUCAACUUUCUCGGUCAGCUCCGCCAUCCCAAUCUCGUGAAAUUGAUUGGAUAUUGUUGCGAGGACGAUCACAGAUUGCUUGUUUACGAGUUCAUGUUUCGAGGGAGCCUUGAGAAUCACUUGUUCCGGAAGGCAACUGUUCCAUUGUCGUGGGGAACCAGGAUGAUGAUUGCUCUGGGAGCUGCCAAGGGACUUGCUUUUCUUCACAAUGCUGAAAGGCCAGUUAUUUACCGGGACUUCAAGACUUCUAAUAUCUUGUUGGACUCUGAUUAUGCUGCCAAGCUCUCUGAUUUUGGGCUUGCUAAAGCUGGACCCCAAGGGGAUGAAACCCAUGUAUCAACUCGGGUUAUGGGUACCUAUGGAUAUGCAGCCCCUGAAUAUGUAAUGACUGAUUGGAACUUGAGAGUAUUGCGAUGCCCAACUACCCUGUUUUCUCUGUUCUGUAACUCACUGAUUAAAAGUUGUUCUCCAAGGUCCUCUUCUUAUCUUCAAAAUUGCCACCUGACUGCCAGGAGUGAUGUAUACAGCUUUGGAGUCGUUCUCCUUGAGCUUUUGACAGGAAGGAGAUCUGUUGACAAGACGAGACCGAACAAAGAGCAGAACUUGGUAGAUUGGGCACGGCCAAAACUGAACGACAAGAGAAAGUUGCUACAAAUAAUUGACCCUAGGCUGGAUAAUCAGUACUCAGUUAGGGCAGCACAGAAAGCCUGCAGCUUGGCAUACUAUUGUCUCAGCCAAAACCCCAAAGCAAGGCCCUUAAUGAGUGAUGUAGUUGAAACUCUAGAGCCUCUACAAAGUUGUAACGAACCAAGUGAAUCAUCAAUGGGUGGACCAUUUGCGAUGAGCAGAAUCCCUGAGUAUCGAAUGCAUCACAGGUUUCCUAACAAUGUAGGUCCAGGUGCUGUUUGUCGAUCCCCCAACCCAAACUAUUCGCCAGGAGGUCCUGCAGCAUGCAGAGUUAGAUGAGAAUGUCAUCUAUAUGUAUACAUGUUUGUACUUUGUAUGCGUUAUUCCCCGACCUUUUUUUGCAAUGACAGAAUUUGCUUGUUAAAUUAUGGAUGCAUAUGUCAUUGUUUUCCAUAUACAUAGGGUUGCCGUGUUCCUCUACC